CCCCCCCCCCCCCCCCCCCCCCCAUUCGAUACUAUGGCCCCGAUCGUCGAGUUGGCUGGGGAGGCCAACCCGUUGGCCCCGCAGAACGUUCUCAAUGCUUUGGUUCUCGCAGCUAGCUCAACACAGCAACAGGUGCAAUCGGGCACUCAGCAACUUCAGAACUGGGAGAAGCAGGAGAAUUACUAUACCUUGCUCCAGGAUGUAUUCCUAGAUCACUCGGUUCCGCCUGAAGUUCGAUACCUCGCAGUUAUCCAGCUGAAGAAUGGCAUUGACAAGUAUUGGCGGAAAACUGCGACAAACGCUAUCAAGAAGGAGGAGAAGGAACAGAUAAAGUCCAGGGCCUUGCAGGCGGGGGUCGUCGAGCCUGCUCCUCUUCUCGCUCUUCACAAUGCGUUGAUGAUUGCUAAGAUCAUGCGUUAUGAAUUUCCCCAAGAAUGGCCGGAUGGAAUAUCUUCGCUCAUUGCCCUCCUUCGCUCUUCUACCCAGCCUGGCGCGAACCCGCUGCAAUUACCCCGGACCCUCGUCAUUCUCCUACAGAUUAUCAAAGAGUUGUCGACAGCUCGCCUGCAGAGAACCCGUGCGAAUCUACAGUCCGUUUCGCCAGAGAUUUUCCAUCUGUUAGGGAGCAUAUACGUGGACAAGGUGAACAAAUGGGCUUCUUUCCUGGAGCAAGGGGGUGCCGACGAGGCAACAUUGCUGGAGGUGAUCGAGCAAAGUCUAGUCUCUCUCAAAGUCAUCCGGCGUCUUGUUAUCGCCGGAUUUGAACAUCCCAAUCGCGAUAAGGAUGUCUGUGAAUUCUGGGUCUUGACCCAUUCCCACUUCAGUAGAUUUUUGGGUCUGAUCCAUGGCUCCGUCGCAAUGUCAGAGCAGAUCCAUAGGGCGGUUGAGAAGCACUUGUUGCAGCUUUCCAAGCUUCACGUGGAAAUGGCCAAGGAUCGCCCGGCAUCUUUUGCGUUACUGCCGGACAGUAUACCCCUGGUUCAAUCCUACUGGAGUCUAGUAGUCAAAUUGGGAGAGAACUACGGCCAGCUGGGUGCUGACGGUGAGCCAGAGGGCAAGUCCUUGAUGGAGAAGACCGGCCUUAGAGCCCUCCUUCUGAUCAGGGCCUGUUCCAAGAUGGCUUUUAACCCAGCGCAGACAUUCAAAUAUCAGACUCCACAGGACAAGGAGGAGAAGAAACAGUCGGUUGAACUCAUCAAGUCGCAGCUGUUCACCCAUGACUUUGUUGUCAAUGUCAUGGAGUUGCUCGUCACCCAGUUCUUCCGCUUCAGGAAGAAUGAUUUCCAGGAAUGGGAAGAGGAUCCUGAGGAGUGGGAGAGGAAGGAAGAAGAUAUUGCCGAGGCUUGGGAGUUCUCCAUCCGGUCGUGCUCCGAGAAGCUCUUCCUUGAUCUCGUCAUUCACUUCAAGGAGUUGCUUAUUCCGCGCCUUUUGACCGUGUUCUACAACUUCGCAACCCCCGAUAAUCACGACGUCCUGUUGAAGGAUUCCUUGUACUCAGCCAUCGGGUUGUCUGCAGCCAGUCUGGAGCAGCACCUCGAUUUCAACAAGUUCCUCGAGACAACACUUGUGCCUGAAGUCCAGAUUCAGGAGCAGGGGUACAAUCUCCUCAGGAGAAGAAUAGCCAUCGUUCUGGGCCAGUGGGUCCCGGUGAAGUCCAGCGAGCUCAACAAGAACGCCAUCUACCAGAUCUUCCAGCAUCUUCUUAGCAAGCAAGAUCCGUUGAACGAUCUGGUGGUCCGCAUCACUGCUGGAAGACAACUCAAGAAUGUGCUUGACCCCUUCGAGUUCUCCCCGACUGAGUUCCUGCCGUACGCCCCGGCCAUCCUGCAAGACCUGAUGGCCCUUGUCCAAGAGGUCGAGCUUUCCGAGACCAAGAUGGGGCUUCUUGAUACGGUCCGCAUGGCAGUGGUGAAGAUGGAAGACCACAUUGCGCCUUUCUCAGACCAAAUCCUUUCAUUGCUGCCACCCUUGUGGGAGAGCUCUGGCGAGGAGCAUCUCAUGAAGCAAGCCAUCCUCACGCUGCUUUCAUCCCUGAUCCACUCCCUCAAGCAGGAAUCCAUCAGAUACCACUCUUUGAUUCUGCCUCUCAUCCAGAACUCUGUCGAGCCAGGCUCUGAAACACUUAUCUACCUCCUCGACGAAGCCCUCGAUCUCUGGUCGGCGAUCCUCAUGCAAACACCUGCACCAGCCUCGCCCGAAAUCCUCUCCCUCAUUCCCGCUCUCUUCCCCAUCUUCGAAGCCGCAACCGACAGCGUCCCCCAGGCCCUUCAAAUCGCGGAAUCCUACAUCCUGCUCGCCCCACAGGAGAUCCUCAGCGACCGCAUCCGCUUCCAGCUCCUCGUCUCCUUCGAAACCCUCCUCAAACUCACCACCAAACAACGCCUCGGCGUCGUCCCCCGGCUCGUCGAGCUCAUGCUCCGCGGCGCCGAAUCCGUCGACGGCGGCAGUGAGAACACCUACAACGUCAUCACCCGCUCUCUCCUCGACAGUUCCUUCCUCUCCGCCCUCCUGGAAGGCCUCCACUCCGCUCACGAAGCCAGCCAAACCACCGGCCCCAACCGCAAGCAAAGCUCGGUCUACGGCGUCGUCGAGACCGAUUACUUCUCUGUCCUGGCCCGUCUAGCACUCGCGUACCCCAAGAUCUUCACCUCUGCCGUCUCCGCAGCAACCAACACCCCCGAAGAGCAGGUCCUAUCCUGGCUCUUGACUGAAUGGUUCCUCCACUACGACAACAUCGGCAGCACCACCCAGAAGAAACUUCACGCGCUAGCCCUCACCCAACUCCUGACCCUCAACGGCCCGGACUCCCAACCGCCGGCCUACCUGCUCAGCAACCUCCAAUCCUACCUGACUAUGUGGACCGACAUCGUCACCGAGCUCGCCGACGGUGCAGAAGGUAACCCCGACGAUCCGCGGGGCGGAGAUUACCUGAUCUACUGGAACAAUGCGCAAACCGGCUCUUACGAAGAGCAUGAGCCGCCGGAGAACGAGCGUCGGCGGAACUGGGAUAACUCGGAUGUGCUGCAUAAGGUCAAUCUGAGAGACUUUAUCCGAGAGCGGCUGCACUCAUUGAUUGUCGGAUGUGGAGGAGAGCAGCGGUUCCAGGAGGAAUGGUUGCUCAAUGUCGAUCGGGAGGUGGUGGCUGCCUUUGGGGCAUUGGGACUGUUUUAAGAGUGAGUUGGUCUUUCGGUUCUGACGCUGUCGGUGGACUGUGGUUGAUUUAUAUAUAUGUGCUCCCUUACAUCUCAUCUGCGCGGAUGCAUCUUUAUUUUACCCGACGCCUACCUUCGGCUCUACGGAGUAGUAUACACUACAUAGUUGAAUACCCCAUACAUAGAUUGCAGCUCUGGUCACCGUGCUGAGCAAUGAAUUAUAACCCGAGCAAUU